AUGGGCACGUUUUCUUCUCACCUAUAUCUUGCCUUACUACUCUCAUAUGAUAUGAGUACGUUUAAAGAUCUGAUUAUAUUCUUGCUCCAUGACUAUAAAACAACCACCAACUACCAAGAUCAAAACAAUAACAAAACACCUCACGAUAUACCUAAUAGCAAGAGGCGAUGCGAUAUGGCUUGCCUUAAGUUUCUAUCUUCUUCCACGAACUUGGGGCUUAUUCUUUGGGCUUGUGCUUUGUGGUCUUCUAUUAUGCCGAUUUUGGGUCUUAGUCACGUUUUAGUCUUGUGA